AUGAUGCCCUCACCGCCGAUGGAGGAACUUUAUGCGGAAAGAUUGCAUGGAGAUGCGCAUUCGUUGCUAGAGGCGUCGAUCGAAGAUUUCGAGGAACAAGAGCGGCGCUCACCCCUUCUGUCUGGCUUCAGAUCGGAGCAGGGAGACAGUGAAGUCGACGACCAGUCAAGCGCAGGUUUGCCCUGGUCACCUCCAGGCUUUAAGAGUCGGAAUUCGAACGCAAGUGGAUGGUUCAGGCAGGAUCCUUACGGAAAAUACGAUUUGCGCCCUUCGAUAAGUCCGUCACGGUCACGGCAGACCAGUCCAGAGGUCUAUCAAGAUGCGAUCGAAGGAGAUCCGGAUAUUACCAUAGCAAUGAACACGCCUUUACCAGCAGGGACGGACUCGCCGGUGAGGGAGCGUUCUCCGGAAGCAGAGCCACAAUAUGAAGUAAAUCUGGGGACAUUCGGUCAAGGAGAGACCGUACCUCCAGAGAGUCCGAACAAUUACAUUCGCCUACAGCUCCGAGCAGAAGUGCAACAUCGAGAGCCGUUCGUUCCUUUUCUCAACUUCAUACAACGAAAAUUCGACGCAAUGACUAAGACGAGAUCAAGCACUUUCAUGUCGAUCAUAGCCACCAUCCUAGUUGCUUCACUUCUGCGCAUCAUUCUUGUUCCUCCGGUUCCACCUCCUGUCCCUGACCUAGUCAAGGUUUCAACUCUGGCAAAGUCAUUUGAGCCCUUGAUAUUCUAUUCCGAGAACGGCUAUACCCAAAUUACGGCAUUGCAGGAAACGAGCGUGGCGGUGUGGGACCUGGGUGAGUCGGUCAGGAGCGCCAACAUGACUUCAGCACCGUUGAUUGUGCAUUCCCUGGACGAGCUAUCGGAGAGCUUGAAAACUCUUGGCCUCGAGUUGACCCGAUUUUUUGCGGAUGUUGAUUCCGAUGUCGACAGCAUUUUGCUGGUGAUGGACUGGGCGAAACGAGAACUGGAGGGCGUUACAUCUGCCCAAGGAACGUCGAUGUCUGGCGUGAUCUUUGAUCAUCUACACGGUGUCUUCAACCGAGGAGGAUUUCUUGAGACGUCGAAAGGGCCCACAGCAUUGGGCAAAUUCUUGACCGAUGUUUUUGGUGCAAGUUCGCCGCAAAGAGCGAGAGCGACGCUGACGAGGACCUUCCACGAGUUUGUGAAUGUGCUUGAGGAGUCGAUCAACAGCGAACUGACUCACUCUGCCGCGCUGUUUGCGUUGUUUGAAUCGAUUGAUCGGCAGUUCCUCAACUUGCAACGAACGGUGGUCCGAGAAACAGACACGCAGGAAAGACUUGAGAACGACCUUCUUUCAUCUUUGUGGACAAGAGUCAUCGGUCCAAAUGCAGCGAUGUUGAGAAAGUUUGAGAAGAACAAGCAGCUGUUGUCAAGCGUACGAUCGAGGACUGUCAACAAUAAGCAUCUACUCAUGGAGCAUCACGGAAGACUGCAGACUCUCAAAGUGAAUUUGGAAAUUUUGCGGAGGAAAUUGGUCAGUCCUUUGGUCAGGAGGAAUGACUCCGUCACUGUUGAUAAUGCCAGUGUCAUUGAUCAGCAGAUCAGAGGGCUCGAGGGGACCUAUGACUAUCUCAAGGGUGUUAGGGAAAAGCAGAAGAGCAAACUGAUGGAAAUGGUCUAUGGCGCGAAAGCUGGCCGGCCGAGGCUGGUGGGUGUCAGAGGUGAUGCGGAAGGGAUGGCGCUUGACGGCUGA